AUGAAGACCAGUAGUCUCCCUGAUAUGACUGGAGGCAUUGGAAUCGAAAUCUAUAUUGAAGGGACUUUCUACAACAGAUUUCUAGUCGACCUUCAGAACCAUGAGACCCAAAAAUGGAACUCUACACGUGUCAAAACGCAAGAUGGCACUACAAAGCGAGAAUACCCAGUAUUCUCAGACAUUCUCUCAGUCGAGGACCGUGACAAUGACAAGACCGAGGCAGAUAUGGGUCGUGUGCAGACUAUGGGAACCAUCCGUCUUACAGUCUGUGCUGUCACGUUCAAUAAUGAGGAUACUGACGACACCGACCGUAAGAGGCCUGGAGGCACCAUCCUCAGGUAUUUGUGUGAGUUUGUCUACAAGUACGGCGCUCAUUCUCCCGAGGGACCCAAGAAACAUGAAUUGGACUCAAGUGUCCAGGCAAAGAUGACAUAUGAGGAGGCGAAAAUGCCAGAUGGCAGAUCUCUGGUUGAUCUCACCGGCGACGAUGACGAAUGA